GGGAAUCUGCACAAGGAACUUCUGAGCAGAGUCAACAAAAGCAUAAGGGCAUGGAGGGUGGCGACGACCUUGAAGCACUCCGGAGCCAAGGAGCUACUCCAGCAGGACAGAUUCAUAAACUCUGGGGCAAGGUAGCUGAGGAGAGCCCGCAAGCAGCAACCCUCAUAGGAUUGGGACUGGAAGACCUGCGCUCGGCGAAACUCCUAUUUAACCAUCCCUUCGACCUGCGAAGCCAGGACAGAAUCACGCAGGACGCUAAGCGGGAGAUGGAAGAGAUCUGGGAUGUGAGUAUGGAAGAACCACAACGUGGGUUGAUUGGAAAGAAGCGAGGUAGACUCCGGAAGAAGGUGCGAGCAGCAUCGGACGCUGAAACUGGUAAGGAAACAAGUGCUUCGGAAGCCGAGGCGGCCAAGUGUCCCAAAGCGAUAAUGGACAAGCCCCUCUUACCUACUCCACCGGGCGAGGGGGAGCCGGAACCAGGCACAGCGUGGGCAAACCCUUUAGUCUUAAGUAGCUCGGCUUCUCUCUCUCUUCCUCCGACCCCGCCCCCUCCAAGACCUCUGGGCGAAUUAAAUGCGGCGGAUCAAAUCCAGGUGGACGACAUGGAAAUAAUGGAGUACCAGAGGCUGGAGGAAGAGCAAGAGAAUUCGGGCCCGAUCCAACGAGAAGAGGAGAAAAGAGCCUUUGAUGACAUCCAUGUACAUAGAAUGCUGUUGUUGGACGGGAAAUUCGAUGAACUUCGAGAUCAGGGACGUCUGCGAGUCGUCCCCAUGGUCCUUCGCUUAACAGAGAUAAGACUGCAAAUUCUGCUUAGCCAAGGACAAGUGACGGACAGCCCGCCGAAGAUUCCAUUCAUUAAGUUUGUAGGGCACCCCUCGAUGCAGAAAGCGAUAGUGACAGCGGAGAGAUGGUUGGGUGGGACCUAUGAAGUGCUCCCAAUGAAAGGAGUCUCGACGAUUUGCCCGCAUUUGAAAUCGGAUUCCGGGGAAAGCCUGGGAGCAUACUGCUUCAUGCUCAGGGCGGAGCCCCGGGCGCAGCAGACAGCACUACAGUGGCUUACGGACCGCACCGCCGCCUUGGCCAGACUGCUAAAAACUGAGGUGCUAUCUUCAAAGCGUGCACGAAGAGCAACUGUUGAAGUUUUUAUUCAACGCGCGAAUGACUUGGGGGACGGUCCAGGGUCGGAGGAAGAAGAGGAAGAAUGGUGGAUGGAGUGGGCAGCCCUAAAGGCAGAGUGGGACGAUUGGCAGAUCCAAGACGCGGAAGUACCGGGACUUCGAAACAAGGCUCGAUGGAUGAUAGCGGCUGAACGCAUGACUAAGACUUUCUUCAAACGACUCCGCCCGAGGCGACCGGCUUCAGUUAUGCUCGUGUUAGACCCGGCAUUUGAUGACCAGCAGCCGCCAGCGGACACAAACCCGGCGAUCCUGGAGUACGCUCACAAGUACUACUCGUACCUGUUGACUCAAGAACAAGAAGACUCGCAGGAGGACAGAGCGGAGGCCUUGGAAAGAGAUGUGUGGGCAAAAAUAACUGCACAGCUGGACCAGGAGCAGUCACAAAUACUGGAACAACCUAUUACCCAAGAUGAAAUCUUCGAAGCGCUGGCAGACAUGCCAGGCGGCAAAGCCCCUGGGCCGGAUGGGAUGCCCCUCGAACACAUCAAGGCAUGUAAGAAUAUGCUGGCCCCGCACUUGGUCGAAGCGUUCAACUCGAUCUGGGACAAUGCCCACCAGCUAGCGCAAGACUUCGCACUGGCCACUGUCAUCUUAGUAUUCAAGAAGGGCUCGGCUGCGGGCAUUCGGAACUAGAGGCCUAUUUCGCUUUUGUCAGCCCCAUACAAGCUCCUCGCGAAGAUCUAAGCCAACCGACUAGCUGUACUCCUGCCGAAGAUGUGGCAUGCAUCGCAACAAAGCCCGCAAGGAACGUGAGYUGGGUUUAGACCGUCGUGAGACAGGUUAGUUUUACCCUACUGAUGUACCGCCGUCGCAAUGGUAAUCCAACCCAGUACGAGAGGAACCGUUGGUUCGCACAAUUGGCAAUUGUGCUUGGCUGAAAAGCCAGCGGUGCAAAGCUACCGUGCGUGGGAUUAUGACUGAACGCCUCUAAGUCAGAAUCUGUGCUUGCAGCGGCGGCAUAUGCCUCCUCGGAUGACACAAGCCUGUCGAUAGGGCCAGCCCGUCUGGCCCCGAAAGCAUACGUUCGGAGUUGUCCCUCCUGCGGCGGAGCACCGACGCCCUGGGGGUCUCUUCAUCGCAAUUUCUUUCGCUCGGGGAGUCAAACCCUUUGCAGACGACUUAGAUAGGGAACGGGGUGUUGUAAGCAGUAGAGUGGCCUUGUCGU